AUGACAAAGACAACCAUUUGGCUCAUAUUUGGAGCACUUCUGUUGCAACACUCAGAGCAAACAAACGAUUCUGAUGAUGAUGAAAGGAGAGUGGACGAACAGAUACCGUUCAAUUUGCACACUGAACUGAGCAAUGAGGAAGCGAUUCGGCUAGCAAGACAACGAGCGCGCUUGUACACACCUAGGGCGCGUUGGCUUUCGAGAGAGGAAGAGCCGGAAGCAAGCUAUGCACCGCUGAUACAUGCAUAUCAAAACCAUCAUGACAGCAAUCAAGACAUCUUCGACAACGACGGAAGCCCUGUGGAUCUGUCGAUGCGUGGAGCAGUUUAUGUUCCAGCGCUUGGCUAUAGCGAAAGAAAUUUUUUCGAAAGAUACGAUCCGUCGGACGCUAGACAACCACUUCAAGGGCAACAGUUGUUCCAAUUUAGCAGGCUUGAAAACGAUUUAAAGGAUUAUGGAGAAAGGCAGUUGGAAGAAAACGGAAUUCCGACGCUCACUGCGUACAGUGAAUUGAACGAUGAGGACGCGACUGAGGCUAUCAGACAGCAAAGUUGUUCCCCCAAUCGCAGAGUACGUUGGCCAUCAAGUCAGGAUGAGCGGGGAGUGAGCAAUGCAAUGUUGGUAAGCACGAAUCAGGAUAUAUCGAGCAGCGAGGAAAGUCAUGUGGAUCUAUCGAUGCAUCGAGCAAUGCAUGUUCCAUUGUUUGGCUAUAGCGAAAGAAGCGCUUUUGAAAGAUACGAUCCUUCGAAACACAGGAUUACGCCGUCGGCCGUUGAACAACAAAGCAUGCAAGGAUCAUUUCUGGGACAAAGACAGGAUUAUGGGGAAAGGCAGCUAGAAGAAAACGGAAUUCCGUUCAGUGUGCGCAGUGAACUGAACAAUGAGGACGCGAUUGAAACAUUCAGACAGCAAUUUCGUUCCUCUUCAACUCGCAGAGUGCACUGGCCAUCAAGUCAGGAAGAACGGGGAGCGAGCAAUGCACUGCUGGCGAACACGAAUCAGGACUGGUGCGAAGGUAGUCCGGGUAUGCCAAGCAGCGAAGAAAGUGUGAGUUUCUGCCCAAAACUUGUGAAGGCGCGUAAAAAAGUGGCGGAAAGCAUUGUCAAAUGA